CAGAAAAUGGAAAUCCUUUCAUCCAAGCUAACAAUCGUAAUCUUCCUCCUCCUCGCCGCCGCCGCCGCCACCGCCGGUUUAACCACCAAAGAACUGGAUGCCGCGCUCUUAGCCCUCCAAUCAAGAGGCUACACCCUCUUCCCCAACGCCAUAACCACCUCCGAUCUUCAAGCCCGCCUCCUUUCGUCCCAAAACUCUUCCAUAUUCACUCUCUUUGCACCACCGGAUUCGCUCCUCUUCUCCCUCGAUCUCCUCUCCUCCGCCCGACUCUACACCUUCUCUCUCUUCCUCCACGUGGCCCCGCAUUUCCUUUCCUCUGCGGACCUCCUCGUCCUCCCUCGCCCCACCUUCAUCGACACCCUCUUCCCUAACCGUCGACUCUUUGUGGAACAUACUAUGUCCACCCGCAACGGCACGGCCUUGCUAACAGUUACAGUCGACGGGGUAGUGGUCUCGGUUCCGGAUCUUUUCAUUGGGUCCAACCUUGCAGUCCACGGACUCGAUGGGAUUCUUGUUGCAAGAUACGGGUCCUUGGUUAGUGAAGGUAGUUACACUUCUAUUGCUGAGCCACCCAAGUUUUAUCAUCAGAGCUAUGUUUCGCCAGCCAACUCACCGGAGAGUUUGCCGCCAAUGGGGAGCGGGGCACCAGAGAUGGUGACAGUCGGAACACGAAUCAAGAAAGAUAAAGGGGCGUUCCAUGGUAUUCAUGAUCGUGGCACUACGAUGAGAACCAAACACGGUACGUUUUUCCUGUUUAAACGUGUUGAGUGA